GGCAAACUGGAAGUGAACCUUGGAAGAGGCUAUAGACUUGAGGGUCUGCAAGCGUGGACCCCCUCCUGCAGCAGGAGCACCUUGGAACUUGCUGGAAAUGCAACUUCUCUGGCCCUGGGCCAGACCUAGAGGCGGACUCAGAGGCCCAGCGCUCUGUUUUAACAAACCCUGCAGGGGACCUGAUGAGAGAUUGAGAACCACCCAUGUAGACGCCUGUCAGAGGGGCUUGGGGAGUGGGAACAGCGGGCUUCUGCCAGAGAUGGGCCUUCUGAUGGGGGCCGCUGCUGGGGCGCUAGGGCAAUACCUAAGGAAUUUUUCUUUAGGAAAGUAUUUCCUUGUUGAGAAGUCCACAGGAGUUCCCCUGAGCACCCUCGGCCUCCUGUCAUUUGUUGCAUCACCUGGCCUCCUGCUACCCUGGGUGGCCUCCCAGCAGAGGGGCAGGAUGAGGGUGGUGCCCUUGAUCAGAAGUACACUCAGGCAGGGCAGUAAUCCUGGGGCUCCAGGCUGCAGGAGGGAAGGGGAGACAAAACUGGCCACUUGCAACCCCCCCAGAUCUGAGACUCCCCUGGGACUGAGCCCCGAGAAGGCCCACUUGGACCCAGCACCCUCUGCUGAGGAAGGAGGUCCCCUGGGCCACCGUCAGCCCUCCCCAGGGAGGUCUUCACUGCAAGGAGAGCCCCCAGAGUGCUUGGCAGGAGCACGCAGAGAGGAUGCUCCCAGCCCCACCGUGGACAGGACCCGCCCCUCCUCUCUCUCCUUCGCAGCUCUGAAAAUUUGGGAACCAACGAACAAUGUCCCUCGAGGCCAAGACCUGGCUCCUGUCCUGACGUUCACAGAGCAACGCUGUCCUAGAGAUGCAGCGUGGAACAGGGUUCAAGAGACAAGCAAACUCAUCAGAGUCAAGACAGCAAAUAGCUGGUACAGAUCCCUAAUGAAGAGGCAUUUUGCGCCAGGCCCUAUGCUAAGAACAACUGGAGAGCCCCAGGUGACUAAGGAGCAGCCUCUGCCCCGCAGGAGAGGGACGCAUUAUGGAGCAGGUAAGCCCCGCUCACAGGAAAAUACAAUGAAGGCAAAAGUGGCUGAUGCCGCACACAGUAUUCAGAGCUUUAGGGCCAUGAGCAAAGCAAGCUUCCUGUGCCUGCAGCGGGCUUCCCGGAUCUGGGCGGGGGGCACCCGGGAGGCAGGUGGACCUGCUGUGGGCAUCUGCAUGCAGUGUGCUGUCCUCGGUGGUGAGGCUGAGCAAGGGCAGUGCAGAUGGUGGGGGAAAGGUGGGGAGGGUGGCCCAUACCCGGUCAUUUCUCCACCUCCUCCACCUUCUGAGAAACUCGUGCUUGAGUUCCUGUUUCCAAAGUUGAGCCCCAGGAUAAGGAAGCUACUUGGGAAGGAGCUGAAUGUGCUCAGGAUAUUUCCGGCCACCCAGCUUCAGGCCAGCCGCACCCUCCCUGCAGGCCUGGCUUCCUCCUGCCAGCGCAUGGGAGACCUGGGCAGGGGAAAGGGUGCCCUGUGGGUGCAGGUGCUGCGUGGGGCUCAGUGGGCUGGGGCAGGGCCAGCGGUCAUCCUCGUCCCACACACAUUCAUCGCGAGGGGAGCCAAGGGCCUUGGAGAAGCGUGGCGCCUGAAUGGUCCUCUGGAUCACACACACUUCUUCCUGGCGUCCGUCCCUCCACCUCCUGGGACCAUCUGCCUGCGAGACCCAGAUGAAGAAACCUUUUCGACCGUCAUGAUCUGGGAGCUGGAGGGGUUGAGGGUUUGA